UUAUCAACCAGAGUCCUGCGUUCUACGAUGAAUGUAGGACAGAGACAUCUGAACUUCAAAUAUUCGUCAUCCUGCAUCAGACACCACAGAAUCCAACAGUAUUACAUGAAAUAUAUAUAAAGAAAGAUUAUAAUCUAUCUGUGAACUUUCUUACGACAUCAUUACGUUCUGGAACGGCUUUAAAUGCCUUUGGAUGCUGUGAUUAUCUGUUGAUCGAUACAAUCGCAUUGCUUGGAUACCUUCCAUAUUCAAAAUUCCACUCGGAAAUUCCUGACCAACUCGAUUCUUCCCACAAUGUCGAACCUUGAAGGUCGAGCUCUAUUUACAGCCGUGACAUCUUUAACAUGUCUUGGAUUUCUUCUCAUAGGAUACGAUAAUGGAUUGAUGGGAGGACUCGUUAAUGCAACAGGGUUCAAAAAUACAUUCAACAAUCCUGACCCCACCAUCGUCGGCCUGAUCGUCGCUAUCUAUGAAGUCGGGUGUUUCCUCGGGAGCGUGGCUACAUCUUUGUUUGGAGAGAAUAUUGGAAGGAAGAAAUCAAUUGGAAUAGGAGUAGUGAUCAUGAUUAUUGGGGCACUACUGCAAGCAUCAGCUUACUCGAGAGCUCAUAUAAUCGUUGCACGAGUGGUUUCUGGGGUUGGGAUGGGAUUUAUAAAUAGCACAGUUCCUGUUUUCCAAGCAGAGUUCAGUCCUAAAGCAACGAGAGGAUUGUACGUCUGUAUGCAGUUAUCGACUUUGAAUUUUGGAAUAUUCUUAGCUUAUUGGGUUGAUUACGGCUUCACGCAAUCAUACACUGCCUCGUUUUCUUGGAGAGUACCGACAAUUCUCCAAUGUAUGUUCUUAGUACCAAUGCUUGGUUUACUCGCCAUAGUUCCUGAAUCUCCUCGAUGGCUGGCUGCGCACGAGAAGACGGAUGAAUCCUUAAAUGUCCUCGCUCGAUUACAUUCAUAUCACAUGACAGAGGAGCAAAUAAAAUCUUUACAUAUAGAUAUUGUCCGCACUUGCGAGUUCGAAAAAUCACUGGGAACAGGCUCCUGGAGUGAUCUGUUCAAAAAUGAUGCAAUCCAAUCGCAACGGCGCUUCCUGAUUGCAUGCGCCAUCCAAUCUUUCCAACAAUUAGGCGGGAUAAACGCAUUGAUAUACUACUCCAAUACUCUUUUCUCGACAUCCCUAGGAUUCUCGGAUCAUCUCAGUGCGCUUAUGUCUGGGUUUCUCCAAACUUGGUUCUUUGCCGCAAGUUUCAUCCCUUGGUUACUUAUUGAUCGAAUUGGGAGGCGCCCUCUACUUUUGUCAAUGAUUUCGAUCAUGUCAAUAGUAAUGAUUGUACAAACGGGAUUGAUUUAUAACGUGCAAAAUAAUACAUCAAUUGCCAAAGGCUGUGGUAUUGGUGCGGCGGUGAUGUUGUUUAUUUUUGAAGGGGCUUUCACUAUUGGAUUCCAAGCGACAGUCUGGGUCUAUCCUUCUGAAAUCCUUCCUCUUCGUCUUCGUCAACGAGGUUCCUCGGUCUCAACAGCAUGCAACUGGAUUUUUAAUUACAUGGUCGUACAAUUUACUCCAAUUGCAUUAAACAAUAUAGGGUAUAAAACCUACAUAAUAUUCGGGGUACUAAAUGCGUGCUGGAUUCCAAUCAUAUAUCUCUAUUUUCCCGAAACCAAAGGACUGGAAUUAGAAGAUGUUGAUAAAAUCUUUGAGAGAAGCCAUGGAGUGAUCGAGAGAUUGGGUGAUCUAGAGAGAGAUGAUGAGGAGUCUGGGGGUAUAAGUGCGUUGGAUGAGGAGCGCAGAAAUACCGGUUCCGAGAAUUGCAGUGGAAGCGGGAGUGGUAGUGGUAGUAGCGUUGUUAAUCAGAGGAAGUUGGGUAUUGAUACUGGGAAAGGAACGAAAGAAGAAAUAGAGCGCGUGACGAGCGAAUAGCAUUCUUAUACCGAUGGGCGCUGAGAUGGGUCUGUAGUUGAGAAUUGGGUUAGAGUUUGUGUAUAUCCGUGUCAAUGGUGAGUGAGUCAAGAGAUGAGAGUGUGGGUCUUGUACGAAUACUAUUUUGCGGUUUGGGGGCUCUGGCGUUUAAAUUUCAUCAUGCGAUUGACGCUAUGAUGGGAUGGGGAGAGAUGAGAUUGGAUUCACGAUAGAAUGUCGGCGGGAGGGAGUCAUAAACGAACAAUGUACAAAUGAGUGGCUUUUCUUGUAUUCGAGAUCACUUUGAUUAUUGGUAUACUGCCUUCGGCUGAUCCUCUAAACACAACUUUAAAAGCUAUUUACUUCAUCACCACGAACAUUCCUGUGCACAGAAGAGGUAGAUUUUCUGCACAAUCGAACAGACGUUGAUCGACAGAAAGCAAAAUAGUAGAUCAAAACUCCACUAUCUGUUUAAGAAUACAUAUUAGCAAGAUUUCAAUCUUUUCAGAAUAAAGGAAUACUUACA